ACAUCACAAUGAGAGAGAAAGAGUUUAACCCACUUGUGAAUCAGAUUAUCAGUUAUCAGUAAGGUGGUGGUGUUGAAGGAGACAACUCUAGACACAUCAUCCUCUUUCGUGACUUUUUUGUUUUUGACUUUUUUUCCUUAAUUUCUUUUUUUUCUUUAUUUCAUACAACCAAACAUGACUAGAUCAAUAUUAUUUCUUGUUAAAAUUAUCAUUUCAUUACUUCUUGGAUUUUUUCAUUCGAAAAUAAAUGUUCCGAUUCCCUACGUGGCAACAUGGAUGGCACUGCAGUACAUUUUCGGCCGUAAUACGGAACAAGAAGAGAACAGAAGACCAGAGCAUAGAUCAUCCUGGUUACGCCUUGCAGUGACGUUUUAUAUUGGAUACGUCUCAGGAGAGAUGGAAGUUCCCAUAGGCAUUUUUUUGAUUGGCCUCUUUGUAUAUUGGUGGCUCCAUCCUGAAGACCAAACAAGGUCAGAAAAGGAAGAAGAUAUUCAAGUGACAGCGCUUGUCGAUCAGAAUGAAGAGGAGGACAAGUCAGAAGGGAUAUCACAACACAUUUUGCCUGAAAUUGCCAGGAUACUUAAUACGACUGAUGAAGAUGCCAGAAUAGAAGAUCUGAAUAAGAUUGUGAUUGAACUGUGGCCGUACUUUGGACAGUACAUUAAGAAUCUUCUAGUUGACUGGUAUGAGCCCAUGAUCUGUAGAAAAUGCAAGUCAUUCCGCUUCACGCGUGUCGAUAUGGGCGAAAAGGUUCCAGUAAUAACAGAUGCCAGACUACAUAUAACAGAGAAGAAACAGGUUGUUCUGGACCUGGAUUUAAGUUAUGAUGGAAAUGCCUCUGUUAAGAUCUCCCUGGGAAGAAGAUACUUCAGAGUCGGAGCAAAGCAAAUGGCGAUUGUUGGCACACUCAGAGUGGUACUGACACCACUAAUGGAUGAGAUCCCGCUCUUUGGAUCAUUGACUUGGUUCUUGCCCCGACGACCGGUAAGUCAUCAGCAGAUGGAGUUUGGGACUACGGCCAGUUUGCCAGCAGGCUAUUUGGCCAAGAUUUGUUUGUUGGGCUGAGGGUAAGCAAUAUUUUCUGUCCUGCUUAUUCACUCAUUAUAUUUCUAUUUUUAGGAUGUAUUUCAAGUCAACUGGUCAGGCAUAAGGCAUCUAUUAAAGAUCCCUAAAGCAGAGUAAGUGUCUCUUUCUAUUA